AUGCCCAGCCCUGCCUUGAUCCCCUCCCCCACCGCAGGGGCCCCGCGCGUGCUCGCCCUCCACCCGCCACCGGCCACCGUUGGCGCGGCCUGCCCCGACACCCAACAAAGCACCCUGCGGUCCCACUGGGACCCGGAGCCGGACCCCGACAGGAACACGAGCGGCGUGGAACCUCCCCUUGCGCCCUGUCUGCCGUCUCCAACGCGGGGAUCCCGCCGGCAGGAAGAGGCUGCGGGCGAGACAGCCAGGCUGCUGCUCCUAGGACGUGCAGCCAGCGACCCGCUCUUGGAGCCGCGCACACUUCUCCCAGCAGAGGCACGCCAUCCAACCUCCUGUCCUUUCCUCCGACCCCUCGGACCCCGCCUGCGCAUUCCCCUCUCCCGCGCCCUAGGCAGGUCGCCCAUCCCACCUCGCUACUUGUGCUCCCUUCCCGCUAACACCUGCCUGCCGGCCCACCUGCAGCCCCGACGCCUGCCGGCCAGAGGCAGCGGGAUCCCUGCACACAGCCUGGCAGGCGAGGCCGUACCGGGAAAGACAGCCAACGAAGAAUCACCAGCGGAAGCCCUAGAUCCCCGUCACGCGCCCACAAACGCCAGGCCCCGCCGGGACAGCUCCGCGCCACACCACACCUCAUCCCCACGCGGGAAGCCGCGGCCUGGGCUGUCCCAGCCACACCCAGCGCGCCUUCUCCCGGGUCAGCCAGCUGCGGCUCUGCCAAAGCGCUCCUCCGCUCCUUUCUCGCGCUCCAGCCUCCCUACCAGCCCAUCGGGGCCGGACCCCAAGUGCGAGCCGGUGGCCUGGCUGACACAAGCGAGAAGGCCAGCCCGGCCGGAGAAACAACAACAACAAAGAAAACAAAACAAACACAGAAGAAAAACUCUGGGUCUGGGCCGGGGAUCCGCGCUCAGCAAGGCCCGCCACAGCUCAGCUGCCCACACGGGCAUUCGCGCGCGGGCCACGGCUGGUCCUUCCCCUGGCGACCCCGGCGGGCAGUCUCUGGGCUCUGGGCGGCAGAGAAAGCGCAAGAUGGGAGGAGUCGGCCUCUCUCCCUCCGCGCUCCCUCCGCGCCGCCCCCCCAGGUCCCUCGACGUGACGGCAGCCUCCCCUUCUGCUCGCCCCAUUGGGCCAGACUCUCUGGACGCCCCAGGCCCGAAGGGGCGGGGCCUUAAACGUCAUCCAAUCAGGGACGCUGGGCUGGGACCGUCCAAUCAGGCAUGCAGCUGGAGCAGACAGCGCGGCUUCCGGGAUGUGGUCGGACCUUUGGCUCUCACCGCAGUCGGAGGUCAAGGUGUUGUGCUUACUGCUGUGUGUCCUCUGCACCUAGAGGCCCAGGUUCUGUGGUCUUGUGACCUGCAGGGAUCGUUGACAUUUUGGGAUGUGGCCAUAGAAUUCUCUGUGGAGGAGUGGCAAUGCCUGGACACUGCACAGCAGAAUUUAUAUAGGAAUGUGAUGUUAGAGAACUACAGAAACCUGGUCUUCCUAGGUAUUGCUGUCCCUAAGCCAAACCUGAUCAUUUUUCUGCAGCAAGGAAAAGAGCCCUGGAAUAUGAAGAGACAUGAGAUGGUGGAAGAAUCCCCAGUUAUAUAUUCUCAUUUUGCUCAACACCUUUGGCCAGAGCAGGGCAUAGAAGAUUCUCUCCGAAAAGUGAUAUUGAGAAGAUCCAAAAAAUGUGGGCCUGAGAAUUUACAGUUAAAAAUCGGUUGUACCAAUGUGGAUGAGUGUAAGGUGCACAAAAAAGUUUAUAAUAAGCUUAACCAGAGUUUGACAACUACACAGAGCAAAGUAUUUCAAUGUGGCAAAUAUGCAAACGUCUUUCAUAAAUGUUCAAAUUCUAAAAGACAAAGGCAUACUGGAAAGAAGCUUUUGAAAUGUAAGGAAUAUGUCAGAUCAUUUUGCAUGCGUUCACACCUAUCUCAACAUAAAAGAAUUUAUACUAGAGAGAAUUCCUACAAAUGUGAAGAAGAUGGCAAAGACUUUAACUAGUCCUCAACCCUUACUUAUAAGAAAAUUCAUACUGGAGAGAAACCCUACAAAUGUGAAGAAUGUGGCAAAUCCUUUAGUACGUUCUCAAUCCUUACUAAACAUAAGGUGAUUCAUACUGGAGAGAAACACUACGAAUGUGAAGAAUAAUGUGGCAAAGCCUUUAAGUGGUCCUCAAACCUUUUGGAACAUAAGAGAAUUCAUGUUGAAGAGAAACCCUACAAAUGUGAAGAAUGUGGCAAAGCCUUUAAGUGGUCCUCAAACCUUUUGGAACAUAAGAGAAUUCAUGUUGAAGAGAAACCCUACAAAUGUGAAGAAUGUGGCAAAGCCUUUAAGUGGUCCUCAAACCUUAUGGAACAUAGGAGAAUUCAUAUUGGAGAGAAACCCUACAAAUGUGAAGAAUGUGGCAAAGCCUUCAGUAAGGUCGCAUACCUAACUAAACAUAAGGUAAUUCAUACUGGAGAGAAACCCUACAAAUGUGAAGAAUGUGGCAAAGCCUUCAGCUGGCCCUCAAGCCUUAUUGAACAUAAGAGAAAUCAUGCUGGAGAGAAACCCUACAAAUGUGAAGAAUGUGGCAUAGCUUUUAACUGUUUCUUAACCCUUACUAAACAUAAGGUGAUUCAUACUGGAGAGAAACCCUACAGAUGUGAAGAAUGUGGCAAAGCCUUUAGUACGUUCUCAAUCCUUACUAAACAUAAGGUAAUUCAUACUAGAGAGAAACACUACAAAUGUGAAGAAUGUGACAAAGUCUUUAGUUGGUCCUCAAGCCUUGCUACACAUAAGGCGAUUCAUGCUGGAGAGAAACUCUACAAAUGUGAAGAAUGUGGCAAAGCCUUUAAAUGGUCCUCAAACCUUGUGGAACGUAAGAGAAUUCAUAUUGGAGAGAAACCCUACAAAUGUGAAGAAUGUGGCAAAGCCUUUAAGUGGUCCUCAAACCUUGUGGAACGUAAGAGAAUUCAUAUUGGAGAGAAACCCUACAAAUGUGAAGAAUGUGGCAAAACCUUCAGUAAGGUCACAAACCUAAUUAAACAUAAGGUAAUUCAUACUGGAGAGAAACCCUACAAAUGUGAAGAACGUGGCAAAGCCUUUAGCUGGGUCUCAGUCUUCAACCAACAUAAGAAAGUUCAUGCUGGAAAGAAAUUCUACAAAUGUGAAGAAUGUGGUAAAGACUUCAACCAAUCCUCACACCUUACUACUCAUAAGAGAAUUCAUGCUGGAGGAAAAACCCUACAAAUGUGA